AUGUACGUCUACAAGAGAGACGGACACAAGGAGCCCGUGCGCUUCGACAAGAUCACCGCCAGGGUCCAGAGGUUGUGCUACGGCUUGGACACCGAACACGUUGAUGCUGUUGCCAUCACCCAGAGAGUCAUUUCUGGUGUGUACCAGGGUGUCAACACCAUCGAGUUGGACAACUUGGCUGCCGAGACCGCCGCCUACAUGACCACCAUCCACCCGGACUACGCGAUUUUGGCCGCCAGAAUCGCCGUCCUGAACUUGCACAAGCAGACCACCAAGCAGUUCUCCCAGGUGGCCAAGAUCUUGUGGGAAUACGUUAACCCCAAGACUGACUUGCACUCGCCCAUGAUCUCCAAGGAGACCUACGACAUCAUCUGUGAGAACGAGAACGAGUUGAACUCCGCCAUUGUUUACGACAGAGACUUCAACUACAACUACUUUGGUUUCAAGACCUUGGAGCGUUCUUACUUGCUCAGAGUCAACGGCAAGGUGGCCGAGAGACCACAGCACUUGCUCAUGAGAGUUGCCAUUGGUAUUCACGGUAGAGACAUUGAGCGCGUCAUUGAGACCUACAACAUGAUGUCCCAGAGAUACUUCACUCACGGCUCUCCAACCUUGUUCAACGCUGGUACCCCUAGCCCACAGAUGUCGUCUUGUUUCCUUGUCGCCAUGAAGGAGGACUCCAUCGACGGUAUCUACGAUACUUUGAAGACCUGUGCCUUGAUCUCCAAGAGUGCCGGUGGUAUCGGUUUGCAUAUCCACAACAUUAGAGGUACUGGUGCCUACAUUGCUGGUACCAACGGUACCUCCAACGGUAUCAUCCCCAUGGUCCGUGUGUUUAACAACACUGCCCGUUACGUCGACCAGGGUGGUAACAAGAGACCAGGUGCUUUUGCUCUUUACUUGGAGCCAUGGCACUCGGACAUCUUUGACUUCAUUGACAUCAGAAAGAACCACGGUAAGGAAGAGAUCAGAGCUAGAGACUUGUUCCCUGCCCUUUGGAUUCCAGACUUGUUCAUGAAGAGAGUCGAGCUGAACGGCGACUGGACCUUGUUCUCCCCUAACGAGGCCCCAGGCUUGGCAGACUGCUACGGUGACGAGUUCGUCGAGUUGUACGAGAGAUACGAGAGAGAGGGUCGUGGUAGAUCCACCAUCAAGGCCCAGAAGCUUUGGUACUCUAUCUUGGAGGCUCAGACUGAGACUGGUACUCCAUUCAUGUUGUACAAGGAUUCCUGUAACGAGAAGACCAACCAGAAGAACUUGGGUAUCAUCAAGUCCUCUAACUUGUGUUGCGAGAUUGUCGAGUACUCCUCUCCUGAGGAGGUUGCCGUGUGUAACUUGGCCUCGAUUGCCUUGCCAUCUUUCGUCUCUAAGGACGCCAACUCUUGCUGGUACGACUUUGACAAGUUGCACGAGGUUACCAAGGUUGUGACCAGAAACUUGAACAGAAUCAUUGACCGUAACUACUACCCUGUUGAGGAGGCCAGAAGAUCCAACUUCAAGAACAGACCUAUUGCUCUUGGUGUGCAGGGUCUUGCCGACUCCUUCAUGGCCUUGAGAUUGCCAUUCGACUCUCAGGAGGCCAAGGAGUUGAACAUCCAGAUCUUCGAGACCAUCUACCACGCUGCCGUCGAGGCCUCGAUCGAGUUGGCUGCUGAGGAGGGUCCUUACGAGACAUACGAGGGCUCGCCAGCAUCUAAGGGCUUGUUGCAGUACGACUUGUGGAACAAGAAGCCUACUGAGUUGUGGGACUGGGACACCUUGAAGCAGAAGAUGGCCAAGCACGGUCUUAGAAACUCGUUGCUUGUUGCUCCUAUGCCAACCGCUUCCACGUCGCAAAUCUUGGGUAACAACGAGUGCUUCGAGCCAUACACAUCUAAUAUCUACUCGAGAAGAGUUCUUGCUGGUGAGUUCCAGAUUGUCAACCCACACAUGUUGAAGGACUUGGUUGACUUGGGUAUUUGGAACGACUCCAUGAAGAGUAACAUUAUUGCCAACAACGGUUCCAUCCAGUCAUUGCCUAAUGUGCCAGACGAGAUCAAGGCAUUGUACAAGACCGUGUGGGAGAUCUCGCAGAAGCACAUCAUUGACAUGGCUGCCGACAGAUCUGCCUUCAUUGACCAGUCGCAGUCGUUGAACAUCCACAUCAAGGACCCCACAAUGGGUAAGUUGACGUCGAUGCACUUCUACGGUUGGAAGAAGGGUUUGAAGACGGGUAUGUACUACUUGAGAACGCAGGCUGCCGCUGCUGCCAUCCAGUUCACCAUCGACAAGAACUCUGUCGGUGAGGCCGGUAAGACUGUUGCUUCGUUGGAGAAGUUGAACCAGAGAAAGUACCUUCCGAAGAGACUUAUGGGCGAGUCUUCUACGCCUUCGCCUAAUGUGACGAGCGUCAGCGAGGAAAAUGCGCGUGCCGUGUCUACGGAGCCAUCUCUGUUGGAGAACCUGGUUGCGGAAUUGAAGAUUGAAGACAAGGCCGGAAACGAGGCCGACAAUUCCGAGGGACAAGAUCCCGAGGGAAAGAAGUCCGAGGAGGGGGAGAGCGACAUCUACAGCUCGCAGGUUAUUGCGUGCGCGAUCGAUAACCCGGAAUCGUGCACUAUGUGCUCUGGAUGA